AUGAAGUUAAAAUGUUAAGAAGAUAACCAUAAGGAAGAGAUUGAUAUUAUUUGUUAUUAUGAGUUUUGUAAAGGAUUUCGGUUAAAUUGUUUUGAUUGUUUUAAAAAGGGACUCCAUCAUACUCAUUCUGAUGAUGUAAAAAAAGCUAACAGUUUGAUUCCAUUUAUUGAAAGUAAAAAUAAAGACUGUGACAAUUUGAUUGAUGAUCUCAAUAAAUACUUUGAAACUCUGAAACAAUCAUUCUCUUAAUUAACUUAAGGAAUUAGAAAUAAAUACUUAUUAGUAAAAGAAAGAUAUGCGAAUAUGAAUUCUUACUAAAUUAAUGAUUAUUUGAAUUCAACUAUCAAGUUAAAUGAAUAUAAAUAAUCAAUAUCAAAAAUCAUUUAAGAAUAGAUUAAGAAAUUAAAUCAUUCAUUUAAUAAUUUAUAUGAAUAAUUGUAAUUAUCAUCAUUUAAUUAUUAUUAAAGUGAUGAUAAUAAUAGUAAACUAGCUGAAGAUUUAUGCAAAUAAGGUAAUCUAAUAAUACUUUCUUUUAGGUUAACAAUUAUAUGCUGAUGAUAAAUUUAAUGAGGCUUUAUAAUAAAUAGAAAAGUCAAUUUUAUUGAAUCCAAAUAAUGAGGAAUCCUUAUGUUAUAAAGGUUUAAUUAAUUAAUUUUAAUAAUAAUAGGUGCAUGUUUAAGGAUGUUAGAAAAAGGCGAGGAUGCAAUCAUUUGGAUGGACAAAGCAUUAGCUAUUGAUCCAAAACAUGUUUUUUCCUUAUGGAAUAAAGGUAGAUUUCUCCAUAGUUAUAUUGAUAGGUUCAUGUUUAAGAAUGCUAAAGAAAUACAAGGAUGCAAUCAUUUGGUUGGACAAAGCAUUAGCUAUUGAUCCAAAAGAUGUUUUUUCCUUAAGUGAGAAAGGUAGAUUUCUUCAUAGUUAUAUUAAUAGGGGCAUGUUUAAGAAUGUUAAAUAAAUACUAGGAUGCAAUCAUUUGGUUGGACAAAGCAUUAGCUAUUGAUCCAAAAGAUGUUUUUUCCUUAAGUGAGAAAGGUAGAUUUCUUCAUAGUUAUAUUAAUAGGGGCAUGUUUAAGAAUGUUAAACUAAUACGAGGAUGCAAUCAUUUGGUUCGACAAAGGAUUAGCUAUUGAUCCAAAUCAUGUUUUUUUCUUAAGUGAGAAAGGUAGAUUUCUUAAUAGUGAUAUUAAUAGGUGCAUGUUUAAAAAUGUUAGAUAAAUACUAGGAUGCAAUCAUUUGGUUGAACAAAGCAUUAGCUAUUGAUCCAAAACAUGUUAAUUCCUUAAGUGAGAAAGGUAGAUUUCUUAAUAGUGAUAUUAAUAGGUUCAUGCUUAAAAAUGUUAGAUAAAUACUAGGAUGCCAUCAGUUGGUUCGACACAGCAUUAACUAUUGAUCCAAAACAUGUUGAUUCCUUAAGUGAGAAAGGUAGACUUCUUCAUAUUUAUAUUAAUAGGUCAUACUUUAAGAUUAAUGAAAUAAUAUGAUAAAUCUUAACAAGUUCUCAAUUAAGCACUAUCGCACAAUCCUAAUCACAUAUUUAGUCUUAAUUAGCUUGGUAUAAAAUGAUUAACAUUUAGCAAUGUGUUUACAAGAUUAGAUGAAAUGUUAAGAUGCUCUGAUCUAUAAUGAAAGAAGUUUAAAGACCCAAGCAGAUAUUUAAUCUAUCAAAAAUUUUAAGGGUAUUUGUAUUUUGUAAAUCUAGAAUUUUGUAAGCAGAAAUUGAAAAAGUGA